UGUAAUAAAACAAAUUUUCCCAUAAAAUAAAGAAAAUAAUCGAAAUAAGAAAAAUUCUUUUUAUGACAAAUGCAGAUCAUUGGUGGAUUGUCCUAAGAAAUCUCUGGUGAACUUCCAAGGAGAUUCGCUACUGGGUCUGGGAUUGCGUAGAAUUUCAACAGCAAUUUUAUCUGGAAUUUUCUUCAUUGUGAAAUUAAAAGUGAUCGCGAGUGAAAAUCAUCAAUUCUAGCUGUGUAUUAGUUGAGAUAAUCGAGGCCACAAGUGUUUUGCUUUAUCAUCAAGUGGAAGAAGUUUUUAGCUAAAGAGAAUUUUCGUGGAAAAAGGUCAAGAAAGGAAGUGAAAAGCAGUGAAAAAGGUCAACAAAGAUGUCGCAGUCGUUUUCUUUUCAAUCUUUCGCUCAGAAUAUGAGCAUGAAAAUAGAAGCCCCCGUGCGCACCCAUCUGGCAAAGGUGUACUCCUGCCUGGCGGCCACGACAGCAGUUGCUGCAGUUGGGGCCUUCGUGCACCUCCGGGAGAUCUGGCAGGCGGGUAUUAUGAGCGCCCUGGUGUCCCUUGGGCUCGUCCUGGCCCUCCACUUUGUCCCCUACAACGGGAAGAACCUCCAAAUGCGCCUGGCCAUGCUGAUGGGCUUCGGAUUCUUCACGGGAAAUUCCAUGGGGCCACUGCUGGACCACGUCAUCCUCCUAAAUCCCCAAAUCAUCGUGACAGCUCUUGUGGGCACGUGCGUGGUGUUUGUCAGCUUCACAUUGGCAGCUUUGCUUGCCCACCGGGGGCAGUACCUCUUCCUCGGUGGCAUCCUCAUUAGCAUUCUCAGCUACAUGGGGCUCUUUAGUCUCCUCAAUCUCUUCAUGCGCUCCCCCCUUGUCUACCAGGGGCAACUCUACAUUGGACUCGGCGUCAUGUCAGCCUUCAUUCUCUACGACACCCAGGCAAUCAUGGAGAAAUGCCGCAUGGGCAGCAAAGACAUCGUUGGACACUCCCUGGAUCUCUUCUUUGAUCUCGUCAGCAUUUUCCGUCGUCUCCUCGUCAUCCUGUCACAGAAGGAGCAACGUGAUCAGCAGAAUCGCCGGAAGCGCAACUAAGCGCCCCCCCCCACCCCUCAACACCUCACCCAAAUGUGAGUAAAACAAAAAAAAGUAAUAAUUUCAUGGGUUUGUUGUGCAAGAUAAAUGUGAAAAAAAUAAAUUUAAAAGAAAAUAAGUCGAUUUGGGGACUUUUCUGGGCAUUAGAGGAAGAAGAAGGAAAUUAAGCAAAGAAAUGCCCAUAUUUUAAAAUAUUAUUAUUGAUAUAAAAAAAAAACAUAAAUAAGAUUGAUAAAUUCAAAGAUACAAUGAAAUGUGGUGUUAUUAUUAAUUCAAUAAAUCAAUACUUGUGUAUA